AUGGCCGCCGCCGAUCCAACAUACCCUCUCUACCCCAUUGCUUGCUUCCUGUCUUCAGCGAUGCUGCUUCUUGUACUUUUGACAAGUUUCAUCCGCAGAAGCUGGAACCUGGGCGUUGCAUUGCUGUGCUUCUGGCUCUUUCUGGGGAAUUUGACCGCUGGUAUCAAUGCUAUCAUAUGGUCUGAUAACGCCGACAUCAAGUUAUACGUUUAUUGUGACAUCGUUUCGCACCUCUUCAUGAUUGCGUCGAUAGUCAAGCCUAUGGCGACCUUGAUCAUAUCGCGCCGGCUGUAUUUGAUUGCCCGUCUGCAGUCUGUAGAAUCUCCACAGAAAGCUGCGAAAUGCAGAGAACUCGCAGUAGAGUGGAUUUUUGGUCUAGUGAUCCCUCUCGUUGUUGCAGGACCUCUCUUUCAGCAGCUUCGAUUUGAGGUCGACGAGGGCUUUGGAUGCAACGACUCUGUUGACGGUUCAAUCCUUGAAAUCUUGCUCCUCGAUUUAUGGAGCGUAAUUCCUCCUCUGGUAUCCAUUGCCACCUACUAUCCUUAUGUUGUUAGAUUCUUCUACCGCCAAAGUCGGGACAUCGACCACUUCCUACGAAAUAAUGACUCCGUGUCUCGCACCAACUACUUCCGCAUACUGGCUCUCGCCAGCAUCGAUAUCCUACUGACUUUGCCCAUAGGCAUAGCGAAUAUCAUCUUGGAUGUGGAACAGUCUUUGUUCUUCGGUCCCAUCCAGUUUUACUGGGGUUGGACCUAUGACCACACUGAUUGGCAGCCGAAGAGCUUUUCCUAUGAAGAUACAGUGUCUCUAGGGACCCCUACUGUAGCGACAGUAUACUUCCAACAAUGGACAUCACCCGUUCUUGCAUUCACCAUCUUCGCCUUCUUUGGCGUCACCUCGGAAGCCCGUGCGUCGUACUGGCGCAUCAUUUGUAUCAUAGGCGACUGGUUCGGCUGGAAACGAACUCUUCGCACGCGCAGGCCUUGUUCGUUACCGGGAGGCAUCGAGUUCGGCGACCCGCCGGCUCAGAGCUCCAUGUCGCUCGGUCUCGAUUCGAAGCCGAGCUUCAUCAAUCGCAACGCACGGGCGCAGGAGCGUACACCGGGAGAAGUGGAGAGUGGCACGGACAAGGAGAUUGAAGAGGUCCGUCGGAGCACCGACGACACAGUUAGAGAUGCCGAGCAUCAGUUUGGUUAUCAGGAGUCUCACGGUGCUGAAGCGGUAGACGCCUCGAGCGCCGUGUGA